UGAAUACUGUACCACUUACUACACUUUAACUAGACUAGAUCUACCACACUCAACACUUUGUGUAGGCCUACACUGUUUAGUGUUAGUUCUAGAUCUAGGUCUUGAUCUAAAUACUCUCGGAUCAUACUUUGAAAAUCAUCAGCACGGGCAGGUCUGUUAACAAGACAAAAUCAAGGAAGCGGCACGUGUAGAUAAGUAAUAUAAUGGAUAGAGCUGGGUCAAGCUCAAGUACCAACCAGGGAUGGGAAAUAACUCAUCGUAAAUCAGAAGCUUCCAAUGACUUGGAAGCAGAGUUCAGUUGCUCUGUCUGUUUCCAAUUAGCAGUACAACCAACAACUCUAACAUGUGGUCACACAUCAUGUCGCUUGUGUCUUGCUAAGUGGUACUUUAAUUCUAAUAAGAAGGAGUGCCCAAUGUGUCGUCAGGUGUAUGAAGGCCACCCAAAGGUCAACACACAAAUAAGGAACAUGAUACACAAACUGUUGCCUGGCAAAAUUGAAGAAAGGGAGAAUGAAUUAGAGGCUGAAGCAGAAGACUUGAGGAUAUUAAAGAAAUUCGAUAAAGCCCUUUCACGUGCAAGUAAUGGUGGACCAGGACAAACAGAUUUGAACUCAUUCUGUUCUGGCAUUUUUAUUGCCUUUGGCAUUUUUGUGGUAAUAUAUUUGGCCUGGUUUUGGCAGUCCAGUGAUAGCAACUUGUUGGUGUUAAAACCAGUGCAAACAUGGAAAGCUAAAGAUGUUGCCACUUGGUUACAGGAGAUGGGCUGGGCCAGUCAAUACAGUCCAAUGGCUUUAGAGAACCAUAUAGAUGGCAACUUGUUAAUAUCUCUAAACGGUGACUCUUUGAGAAGGUUGUUAAAUGUUUCUGACCCAACACAUGAGAGAGCCUUUCUUUUCGCUAUAGACAUGUUGAAAGAUCAUGGUGUAAAAAUGCCAAUUACUUUAUGGGAUUACAAGGCUUUAUAUCCUGGCAGAUCUCUGUUUCUUGUGUACGGCAUGAAAGACUUUCCUCGAACAUGUCUUCUGUAUCUCUGGAUGUACUUCUAUGAUGAGAUGUUUAUACCUUUUGUAAAAACAACUACACAUUCUUCUGAGGAUUUGUUGCUCACUACUAACUUACAGACAACUGAUAUCAGCGGCUGGCAGUGGUUUAACUUCCUGACACUAGCUGUACUAUUGCCCGAGUCCUUGGUGGUCCUGUUUGCUUGGCAGAUGUUUUCACAGCAUUACUUCUCCCCAAUGUUUGUAUUAGCCACAGCUGUGCUCUACCAACUCAUGGAAAUUCAAACCUGGAUUUCUUUUUAUAACCAUUUUGAGAUGAGGUCAUUAUACGUAUUUUUCAAAUCAUGGCUUCGGCAAUUGAUAUCAGCUUUUAUCUUCAUGAUACUUUGGCCUCUAGUCCCAAGUCUUCUCUGUGAUAUAUUCUUCUAUAGUGCCUUGUACGUCAGUCCUGUUCAGGCUUUUUUUGCAGUGCUGAACAAAUUUAGACAGCAAGAUUAGAAUCACUUGAAACUUCUCUGAUUCAACGGACACAGUUAAGAAAAUAAUUAACCCUUUUUUUUUUUCCUCUUUAGACUAUUUUGUGAUUUUACUUUUAUUCCAAAGUUCUUUAUUCAAAGAAAAAGUUAUGGAAGUUAUUUUAACAUUUUAUUUUUGAAAACAUGUAUGUAUUGAAAAAAAAAGGUUAUGAUGUAUUUUUCUAUAUUUAUAUAAUUCAACUACUGCUACCAUUUAUGCAAAAUGUUUCAGUGAUCUAGAUUAUCUUACUUACAAUUCUCUAUUUGAUGUUCUCUAUAAUUAAAUUAUUUAUAUAUUCUUUAUUUAUUAUAAAGAAUUUAUUUAUUUAUUAUGUGGGGCUACAUAAAUUUGAAUUUAAAUUUUAAUUAAACUACAUUUAAACAAUAAAGAUAUCUUUAAAUUAACAACAAAAACAGCAAUAUUGUUUUCUUAAGCUUUAGAUAAUUGAAAUAGUAAUUUUUAAAUAGUCUUUUCUUUUUUGACAUAUUUUUUUUUAAUCCAAAAAAAAAAAUAUUUCUUUUUUGAAGGAGCAUAAAUAAGUUGUAAUAUAAGAUAAGAACUAAAGAAAUAAUGACAUUCAGUGAAAGGGUCUUUACAAAUAUUCAAUUAAAGCAUUCUUAUAUGUGAAACAUAAACAUAUUAGAUUUUUGAAACAUCUGUUAAUCUAAUUAAUUUUGUUUUGACACUAUCUACAUAAGUGUUUGUGCAAUAGAAUGUAGGUUAAGUAAAGAACAUACAUACAACUUGUCAUACAAAGUAAACCUAUUCAGGUAAUCACCAACGUUCUCUGUUGUAAUUGGGAGACACUAAUUUGCUUCUAUGGAUUUUCUGUCUUACCUUUUUUGUAUUUCAAUGUGACAAAGUUGUUUUGACUACAUUCCAGUAAGAACUAGAACUAUUAAAAGGAAAGUAGCUUUUUUUUUUCUAUCAUCUUUGUUAGCUUUUUAACAAAUUUUCUUUAGUAAGAAUAGAAAAUUUAUUAAAUGGCAUUGUUAACUCCUUCCCAAUACAUCUUGAAAAAAAAAACAUAACAUAAACAAUAUGAAAUUAAGAUGUCAAAUAAUAUUUUAAAUUAUUUGUUUAAAAUUUCCCUGAACACUAUUUUGUCCUCAGUUAUGGACUAUUUUUUUCUACAUAAGCAAUUUUAUUAUUGCUCUUUUUGUCUGCUUUAUAUUUUCUGUUGGGAAAUCUUGUUUUCAUUUGACUACACUACAUUUUUAUUAGGCUCUGUCUAUAGUUUAACACCAAAUUCAUUCUUUCUUUUUGAUAGAUAUUAAUAUCACUAAUAGUAAGAAAGUAAAUUUACAUCCAGCUUUAGUUUAGUGGAACUGAUAGAUCAAUCUGUAAUUGUUAUACAUAAAAAGACUGAUCAGUAGCAAAGACUUUAUAAGAAAAAUGAAAAAUGAACUUAAAAGACUAACGAUGCAUUCGCAUUUCAUCAUCUUAAUUGUCUAUGAUGUAGAAAAGCUCUAAAUAUAUAAAUGCAUAGGUACAUAAAUUCAUUUGAUUCUAUGACUGAACUAGAUUUAGUUUAUGCCUUCUUAUACAUCUUUUCCUAUUUGGUUUGAAGGAUAAUAACUUAAUCAAUAUAUUUUCCAUCAGCCAAAUAGAAAAAUCAUCAUAUCAUACUACUUCUAGCAGGGGAAAACAAUUGUUCAUUUUGAAUAAUGACAAUCUGAAAAUGUAUGUAGGUUAAAAGAUUUAGUAUCAAGAUAUAAUGGAUAAUACUCAGUGACGCCUAAUGACUAAAAAUCAUCAUCUUAACAACCCUUUAUUACAAGUUUUAUUGUAUGUAGGUUAAAAGAUUUAGUAUCAAGAUAUAAUGGAUAAUACUCAGUGUCCGCCUAAUGAUUAAAAAUCGUCAUGUUAGCAACCCAUUAUUACAAGUUUUAUUGUCCAUUCAUCUGGUCAAAUAAUAAGCUUGAACUGAAAACACUAAUUCUAACUUUGUAAUCUUCAUUAAUAUUAAAAUUUUAACUUCUUGACCUUAUAAUUCAAUUUUUUUUCUUUUGGUUGUGGCAAAGUAAAAAUAUGUUAAAUAACGUACAUAAAAUACAAAAGAAAGAUCCUGAAAAAAAAAAAAAUCUUAAUGGUAGUAGGUAAUAGUAACAAAAUAUAAUAGCUUAUUAGUAAGUAUAUUUUUAAGAAGUUGUAUUUUUUAAAUUAUUUUUUUUUAUUUUGUUAGCCUUUUAAAUUAAUAAAAAACAAAACACCAGCAGUCAAAUCUUUAUUAGGCAGAAAAUCUAUUUAUAAAACAAACCUAACAUAUAAUAAAAAUGGUAUUGUAAAAAAAAAGUUCAUAUUAUGCCUGACUCAAAUAUUUGUGUUUAUCUUUGGAAGCAGUUCUUAGAAAGAUAAAUCUUUUGUGUUCAUCACUUAGUGAUUAAUGUGUUGUUGUUUUUUUAAAUUAAAGGAUAAUAAUAAUAAUAAUAAUUUUAUUUAUAAAGCGCUGUUAACAAACAAAAUGUAGGCUCAAGGCGCAGACCGUAGGAUAAUUAAAAUAAAACAUUUCAAAGUUUUUUUUCAUGGUCAUGUUUUCCUCUUCUGCUCUACACAGUUUAAACUGGUUCUCUCUGGAUGGCUGUUAGUUACAGCAGUUCUGGAAGUUAUCUGUGUUGUAAAUCACGGUCAUAAUUUUGAGAGCUGCUGGCAGGAAUGAUGCCCAGUUAUGUUAAGUCAAAGAAAUGUGAGAAGGCAGUGUACUUGACUCACAAUCACUUCAUUUUUAUGUCAUGCAGAACCAGAUAAAUACUGCUCUACUUUUCUCAACAACACUCUGUAGCAUUUAACAUGACAUGAUUCUUCUCUAUUGGAACAGAUGGUACUAUACUGUAUUUCAAUCCAUGACAUGAUCUUUUGUGUUGGGGGAAAACAUCAGUUGAUCUGUUCCUUGUUAACAUAUCAUCACUUGUACAUGAAUUAUUGAACAUGUUCUCAUCACAAGGAUGUUACAUCUUUCUUCUAAUGUUACUUCUUACUUUGGAAUGGGCUCAAUAAAAACUAGUAUAUAUAUAAUCUUGCUUGCUCUUUUUAUCCUGUAUUUCUUUUACCAGGGUUUAUGGGAUAUAUAGCUAACUGCCUGUUAUGAGGCCCAAUAAAGAGCUAUUGUGUUUACUCUAUUAAUUCUUUUUUUUCCCUUGAAUAAGCAUAAAGACAUAAAACUUGUGAUACAAAUAUUUUUUGAAAUACAAAUAUUUGUUUUUUUUGUUAAGACUUACUGCAGAAAAAGUGUGUUUUUUAAAUAUCUAAUCAUCUUCUGUCAGUGUUGUGUAAGCAUUACAAACCUAUAUAAGUAUGUGUGUAAUUGUAUUAAAGCUGCUGUGUGUCUGUAUGUCACAUUGACAAAUGUUUUGUAAAUUGUCUUAUGUUUGUCAUUAACUUUUUUUUAAACUUAAAAGUUAACACUGUAAAAUAAUAUCCAUAAAUCAUUUUUUUUUUUUUUUUUUUUCAUUCAUACAUUUUUGCCAUAUGCCAAUGCCUAAUAAAAUGUGUGCUUUCAAAGAUUUUAAUAUGUACAACACACAAUUUGUUCAUUCCAAAAAUAAAUAAAAAAAAAAAAAACAGAAAAAAGAAUGAUUAACUACCUACAUGUCUCCACUAGCAAGUUUGUAACAAGACUCAAGGCUUCGUUGAGUGUGGAAGAAUAUUUCAUUACAUAUUUCACUCAUGCAAUGCUGGUUGUUUUUUUUGUUUUUUUCAUUCAUAAUUUCUUUGUUGAACUACUGUUAUUUUUGUUCCUAAACUCUUAACCUCUCCAUCAUCCUUUUAUAGUGCCACAAUAAUAAAAGUGUCAAAACAAAACACUUCUAAACAUUAUUUAGCUUUCAGUCCAAAUGUUCACUAGUGCUUAUGUUCUUGUUUAUUGAGACAAGAAACAUUGAAAAAGACUUAUUCCAUUUUUUUAAAACAAUUCUUUAUGUCUUCAUUAAUGUCUCAUUAUCUUCCUACCUUUUAUUACAGAAUGUUGUUUUCAAUUGCUUUAUCAGAAUUUAUAAUGUAUAUAUUUAUCUGUUUUAUUUAUAAAUACAAAAUCUUAUAGUUUCUAAUAAUAUUCACCGUUGAAUCUUUAAAAACAAAAGAAGCCAUGAAGAAACAACAGAGCUAACAUAGAACUCUUUUUAGUUUUGAAGAAUCAAUUCGCCAUCUCAGUGUGUGGGUUCUCUGAGAAAGUCAAGCUAAGAAAUGAUGGAUCAUGUCUUGCUAUGUCAUCUCAGUGUGUGGGUCAAGCUAAGAAAUGAUGGUUCAUGUCUUGCUAUGUCAUCUCAGUGUGUGGGUCAAGCUAAGAAGUGAUGGUUCAUUUAUUGCUGUGUCAUCUCAGUGUGUGGGUCAAGCUAAGAAGUGAUGGUUCAUGUCUUGCUAUGUCAUCUCAGUGUGUGGGUCAAGCUAAGAAGUGAUGGUUCAUUUAUUGCUAUGUCAUCUCAGUGUGUGGGUCAAGCUAAGAAGUGAUGGUUCAUUUAUUGCUGUGUCAUCUCAGUGUGUGGGUCAAGCUAAGAAGUGAUGGUUCAUUUAUUGCUGUGUCAUCUCAGUGUGUGGGUCAAGCUAAGAAGUGAUGGUUCAUUUAUUGCUGUGUCAUCUCGGUGUGUGGGUCAAGCUAAGAAGUGAUGGUUCAUGUAUUGCUGUGUCAUCUCACACUGCAUUCUUCUAGUCUUCCAGAUCUCUUCCUAUUCAAUUAUUUUUUUCUUAAAAAUAUAUUUUUUUUUAAAUUGUGUAAUAUUAAUUAAUCAUAGAGAGAAUGGGGUGGGUAAACUUACGAGAGUCGUGUCAACAUGCACUCAUUUUGGGUUGACACUUGCCUCUUGGUUUAUUUGAUGAAAUGUUUUUCUCCGCCUCCAACAGUUCCAUAUGCUAAGAAGCUGAAAGGGAUGAGAGUUAUUUGCAGUGCAUUCAAUAAAGGAGUCUUACAAACACUU